GGUGGCAUGGACCCAUAAGCGCCAUUUCCGAUAGACAUUGAAAGCGCCAUCAGUUCUUUGCAGUUCUUCAAAGAUGCAGCCGUUUAGUUCUCGGACGCAGGACGAGCUGAUAACCUGCAGUUGGGAUGUGUGUGUCUGAGCUGCAUGUACCAUGUGAAGAGACUAAACUAACGGAUUAACCUGAUAUUUUCAGCCAGAAACCACAGAAGAAAAAGGGGUUUACUGAGGAUUGUAGUCGCUGGAAGGAGAGAAGUUGGCGAAUUCGAGGCCCACGUGCCAUGCCAGAGGGGACCCAUUCUGCUCUCUACCAGGGCCCAAUGGGGGAAGAAUCUCCUCAGUUGUCCUCACCCCUCUCCAACAGUGACCAUGUCCAGGGAGGCCUCGAUUUGGGUCCAUAUUGCAACCAGGUAUGCAUGGAGCCACUGGAUGGAGAGGGUGAACGUCCAGUGAGCCUGGUGUCCUCCCUGUCCUCUGGUUCAUCCCGUGAUAGUCACAGUCUUUUCGGGAGCACAGCAGUCCUUCCUUCCUCCACCACACCGCCUAUUCCAAGUGAAGAGGACAUAGAUUUGGAGCUGAGCCCAGCUGAAGGCACCAGAGAGCAGGCUGGGAACCAGAGUCCCACCCUUUCAGGUUCUAGACAUCGCUGGCAGGAACAGCUGGAGGCCAGGUUGAUCACCAGCCAGUGGAAUAACAACAACGGCACGGCCAACAGGAAAGCGACUGGUGAAAUACUUCACAUCCCCUGUUCGCCUGUCGUCGCGGAUGCCAUGGCGCCCAACCCAAAGCUGACCUAUGUGGACCGGGUUGUCAUGGAGAUCAUGGAGACGGAGCGCAUGUACGUCAAGGAUCUGCGCAGCAUCGUAGAGGAUUACUUGGCUCACAUUAUCGAUAUAGGCAACCUUCCCAUACGGCCAGAACAAGUGUGUGCUCUUUUUGGAAACAUAGAGGACAUCUACGAGUUCAACAGUGAGUUGCUGGAGUCUUUGGACAUGUGUGAAAAUGAUCCCGUGGCUAUCGCUCAGUGUUUUGUAAAUAAGAGCGAAUACUUUGAAAUCUACACCCAGUAUUGCACCAACUAUCCCAACUCAGUGGCAGCACUGACCGACUGCAUGAGGAGUAAAACUUUGGCCAAGUUUUUCAGGGAUCGACAGGCCGCUCUGAAGCGCUCCCUUCCUUUGGGCUCUUACCUCCUAAAGCCAGUUCAGAGGAUACUGAAAUAUCACCUGCUGCUUCAGGAAAUUGCAAAGCACUUUGACCCAGACGAGGAGGGCUACGAGGUCAUUCAGGAGGCCAUAGACACCAUGACAGGGGUUGCUUGGUACAUCAACGAUAUGAAGAGGAAGCACGAACACGCUGUCAGAGUGCAGGAGAUCCAGUCUCUUCUGAUCAACUGGAAGGGGCCUGACCUGACCACCUACGGAGAGCUUGUGCUAGAGGGCACCUUUCAUGUGCUAAGGGCGAAGAACACCCGCACUCUCUUCCUCUUUGAAAAGAUGCUCCUUAUUACCAAAAAAAGAGGAGAACACUACGUCUACAAGAUCCAUAUCUUGUGCUCCACCCUAAUGCUACUUGACAGUGCCAAGGAUCCCCUGCUCUUCAGUGUUAUCCACUUCAAGCGUCCCAAGCAGCCUCACACAGUGCAGGCCAAGACUGUAGAAGAGAAGCGUCUCUGGGCCCAUCACAUCAAGAGGCUCAUACUUGAAAAUCACAGCACCAUCGUUCCACAAAGGGCAAAAGAAGCCAUUCUGGAUAAUUCAAACUAUCUGGGGAAGUACCAGUAUAGCCCUGAGAAGCUGAAGAAGGUGGAGUCCUGCCAGCCUGAUGACUUCCAUCUCGAAGGAAGAAAUGGGAGAAGGAGAUCAGAGCCAGCCAAACAAAUCAGAAGAAGCACAAAAGCUGUUUUGAAGCACGCAGACAGUGAGGGGGCACUGCUGGGGGCUAGAUGCUCCCUUCAGCCGGCCACUAGUGUCAGUACGCUGACCUCCAGUCUAGGGGAACCCCAGGCUGAGAGCCCGUGUGUGGAGGAUCUAAUGCUGAGAAGAGACUCUCUGGAGGAGCUAAGUCCUACUGACAGGGACCCGAAACAGGGCUAUUUACCCAGUGAGGGGGGGCUGGAGCCAGAGAAGGCUGUGGAGGAGCAGGAUGUGGAAGAUGGGGAGAGCUACAAGGAAGAUAUACUGAUGGGAGACGACCAGGAUGAUCAGAACGAAGAUAUUGCUGAGCUGAAAACUCUGACAAGAGAGGAGGUGGAAAAACAUGAGGCUGAUGCUCUGAAAGAAACUUGCAGCUUGCAGGUCAGUAUGCAGGAGCCGUGCAAUCUAGACUGUCUUCCUCAAGUAAAUGAGAGCAAUCAGCUGGAAGAGGAUCGCUUCCAGUGCCCUGAGCCUCCUGUGACCCCCUCAGAACAAGAAACGGAGACCUCAGGACCUCAGGAUAGCUCAAGGGAAACUGGAGAGGAAGAAGAAGGAGAGAGUGAUUCCUCUGGUCUUCAAGUGGAGGAGGCGAGUGUACUGACCAAUGGAGAGCUCUCAGAAGAGGAAGAGGAGGAAAUUUCGGGUAACGAAAGCAUCCUACCUUCCUCUGUGCUAGACCAGGCGAGUGUGAUAGCUGGACACUUCAGGGGCAGCCUAUCUAGACGGAGCAGUGUAAUGUCAGAGGACAUGGGUUCACUUGUCUGCCCCUCAGAGUCCGUGGAUGAUGAUGCCGUCCACAGCCCUUCAGCUUGCAUGGAUUUUGAGAAACAGACCCAAAUGCUGCUCAGCUCCUCAGCAGAGCUGAAAACUAGCUCAGAGGCUAAUCGGUCAGUUCCUGUGCGUGAACUUGGGCUGAAUGAAGGGGAACGCAGGUCUACGCUCUCCAAACAAGAUCGCCUCCUCAUCCACAAAAUUCGACAGUACUACGAGCACGCUGAGCACCAAGAUGCUAACUUCAGCAUCAGGCGCAGGGAGAGUCUGUCUUAUAUUCCAGCAGGUCUGGUCAGGAACUUGAGCCAACAGCUUAAUGAUAAUCCUGCUCCUCAGGAGAGGGCCGUCCCAGCUCUUAGGAAAGGUCUCUCUCAGAACAGGCCUACAUCUUGGUCUGUGUUUGACCUUCCUGGAUUACAAACAAGUCAAAACACUGGAAAUUAUCUACCACAGAGAUCAGUCAAGGCCCAGGCUAGUUGUAACAGCAUUUCAGACAAUUCAGGCACAGAAGAGGAAUUCAGGCCUUCAUCAGAAAUGCUCAAGGUUUGGCAAGACAUGGAAAAUGAGGGACAGAGCCAGGAAGCCCAGCAGGAUGCACAGGAGAAAGUUAGUGAGUCAUUAUUAGAAGUGGCACACCACAGCUCUGAUACUUCAGAUGCUAAAACCGAUAAGCAACCACCUCAGGUUCUAGACGAGUCUGAAAUGAGCACCGCUUCCAAUACCCUCUCCACGUUGUCACCUAUCCCAACUUGCCAAGCAGUGGAAGGAGGAUCUGGUCAGGGCUCCGAGACCCCGGUGUUUCAAGAGAUCGGUAAAGACAACCAAGGUCAACUACCUAAGAUCAUUAGCUUCCGAACAAGCAUGGAUGACGACCAGAUCCUUCAAGACAUGGGAAAGAUGAAGAACAAGGUGUUCCAGUUGGCUCGUCAGUACAGCCAGCGCAUUAAAAAUAACAAACCCGUUGUCUGGCAGAGGAGCCGAGAAACUGCAAACCAGGAAGCCUUCAGGGACAUGCCUGCUGUCCACGAGGAGAAGCUGCAGCUUAGAAAAAGGGGUAAACCAAGCCUAAGAUUGCCCACGAAUGCUUGCAGUCAAGCAGUUAUCCCUGAACUCCAUUCUCCAAGUCCAGUCCUGACUCCCAGCUCUGGAGCCAGCUCCCAGAGCACAAUUACCUGCCCGCAGAGCCCGGAGAUGGAGACCUUCCAUUGGCCUGAUGUUCAGGAGCUGCGCUCCAAAUACUCGGAUGCAUCCCACUCCUCAAAAAUAACCCAUAGCUGCACAGUCCUGAGUGGGAUGGACAGGUGUAAUGGCUGUGAACAUAAAUACAGUAGCUCCUCAGAUCUUCGUAGGUCUGUGACAGACCCUGACACACUUCGAAAGCAAUCUGAAACCACACGCAGUGACGGCUCCGUAGUAGAAGACUGGCCCCCACACCAGAAACGCUCUCGACUCUAUCCCCUGCUGUGCAGGUGGAAAUCUUUGGACCAUAUGCCUGUGUCUUUACCCCUUCAUGAAGUACAGAACCUUCAGGAACCUGCCAGGACCUGCCUUAAGGUCAGCCAAGCACAAGAAGGAGAUAACCUCUGUCCAGAGGGCGUAGACAGUGCAGCAAAGUCUGAUCUCCUGAGUUCAGGGAAGACCUCAGAGAGCAAACUUGUGAGAAGCUUACGAGAGAAAUUCCAGAACUUAAGCACAAGUUCAUGAACAUGUGAUUUAUGUACCGUAUAUUUUUAUUAGAAUUUUGAAACAUUAUCUUGGCAAAUAUCUCAUACUUGUCCCAACACCCAUAUUUCAUGUUAAUUCUCUUAAAAGAAUGCAACUUUGUGACUGUGCAGUGUUUUUACUAUCGGAGACACCCUGACAUGAUCGCAGCACGGUGUGACACCAGAGACAUAUUAAUGGCUAUUGUCUUCUUAUAAAAUAUGAAUUACAAUAUUUACACACUGGGUAAAUGUCUGCACAAAGUCUAUGUAGAAAUGUGUAUAAAAUCUCCUGUAUGAAAUGGGAAAACUGGUUGUACUUUAUUAUAUCCAUGUUUUUGGUUCCCAAUGUUAGUGAUUCUCGCUACAGUCAGUAUAGCAAUAUUUCUGUGUAACUGUCAGGGAAGCUCUGACUGAUGUCAGCUCUGCUAUUAGCACAGCCUGUGUCCAAAUACCAAAGAUUGCUGCCAU